GUUGCCAUCACUGGUAACAAGUUGAUAAGCUGAUUGAAUGACAUCACAUCACAAUAAUUCUUUAUUCGUAAUUCCAUCGUUUGUAAAAUUCAUAUCAAUUUAAUUAAUCGGAAUUCCUGACGAAUAAGUUUUAAAGUUCGUGGUCCGUGCCGGGUUAUCUAACUUUUAAGGGAAACAUAAGAAAACGGAGCUUUAAGAACAUCCAGAUCCAUUUCUCCAUCAAAAAUAGAUUCUCGUUACCAGAUUCAGAACAUGGAUAUGCUUGGGGACGAAGAUAAAAGAAAAGUUCCAGAAAUGUUAAAAAAAAUAUUAAGAUGUGAUGUACAAAUUACCAAGAAAUUUGUUGAAAAUGCUCAAAAAGUAACUGCCCUUAGAUCUCUUGGAAAUCAUUCAAAAUUAUUAGAGAUAUCAUGUCAUGGAAUAAUCUGGCUAGCUGGUUGGCUCACAUUCAUAUGGUUAUUUAACAAUAGUGAAUUGUAUCAACUGCAGGUUAAUAUGCUCAUAGCUCUUCUACUUGAUAUUGUGGUAAUUGCAAUUAUAAAAGCGUUUGUGAGGAGAAGAAGACCAAUACCAAUGAAUAAACUAAUACCAGGAAAUCCAGACAAGUACUCAUUUCCUUCUGGGCAUGCAAGUCGUUCAGUUUUAAUUGCAUUUAUACUGAUAUGUGUAGACCCAGUCUCAUUUAUCUUUUAUCCGCCUUUGAUGGCAUGGGUUACAUCUGUAGCAGUAUCUAGAGUCCUUAUUGAAAGACACUACUUCUUGGACAUAUUUGCGGGCAUUGGCUUAGGAAUUCUAGAAGGACUGUUUAUAAGUCUUAUUUGGCUCUCCCAAAGUACAUCAACUAGUAUUCUUAACUCUUUAUCAGAUGAGAAAAGAGAUGGUGGAGAAUUCCAUGUCUAAGAGCAAUUUUAUCUUCUAAAGUGUAACUUGUUAGUGACUAAUUUUUGUAUUUUUUGUGUUGAAUAAUAUGAAAUAUUAUAUUGUAAA